AUGGCGACCGUCGCUGCUCCGUCCACCAGCCUUCGCUGCUCCGUGCUGUCCUCGCAGGGCAAGGCCGUCGCUGGCCGGCAGCUCGCUGUAGUCUCUGCGAGGCCAACAGCAGCAUUUUCAAAGAAAGCAGCACUUGUCGCGAGGGCCUCGGCGGAGGAGAAGCCAUCGCUAGCAGCGUCCAUCGCCACGGCGGCAGCCACCGCCAUCUGCGGCGCGUGUGUCGCUGUCUCGCUCGCUACUGCCGCUCCCGCCCUCGCCGCUCCCUCGCCCAGCCAGGUGCGCCUGCCCCCUCUCUCCAACGACCCGGCCCGCUGUGAGCGCGCGUUUGUGGGCAACACGAUCGGGCAGGCGAACGGCGUGUCGGAUAAGGUGCUGGACCUAAGGCAGUGCGACUUCUCAGGGGACAAGGAGAACCUCAAGGGCAAGACGCUGUCGUCCGCUCUCAUGUCGGGCGCCAACUUCGACAACGCUGACCUCACUGAGACCGUCAUGUCCAAGGCUUAUGCUGUUGGGGCCAGCUUCCGAGUGCUGGUUCGUAUCCUCUUCCUCAAAGCAUAUCUUAACACGCGCAGCAAUGCACCCUAUUCAUUCCUCACACGCCCUCCUCUCCUCACCUUCUCUCAUUCAGGUGCGGACUUCUCCAACUCGGUGCUUGAUCGGGUGCUCUUCAACGGAGCCGAUCUGACGGGCGCGUCGUUCCGCAACGCGGUGCUCUCAGCGUCCACAUUCAACAACGCCAUCCUCACCGACACAAUCUUUGAGGACGCGCUCAUUGGCUACGUCGACGUGCAGAAGCUCUGCCGUAACCAGACGAUCGGCGAGUUCACGCGUCUUGAGCUGGGUUGCAAGUAG